AUCAGGAAGUUUGAAGGACGACUACUAAGAAAAUGAGUGGGCGAGAAGUUCUGUGUAACCAGCUCUACUACGUCGAGGUGAUGCGACACAAGUACCCCGAGACACUGAAUGACUGGUGCUGCAUUGAGCUAUCCCACAGAUUAGAUUUCAGCGGAACUGAUGGCCUUGGUCAGGUCCUCAUGGGGAAGGUGGAUGUCAGGCAAGGGAAGACAAUCAUCAGGAAAUUCACCAGGCAUAAGAAGAAAGCAGCUGCCCUCCAGCCUCAAUUGACAAUAUUUGGUGCACCAUUGAGUGAGGAAAGUUACAGUAAAGCCAGACAGCUCAUUGACUAUUUAAAAGAUCAUGUUCACGUUGAAGGGUUGUUCCGCAUCCCCGGGAACUCCCACCGUCAGCAGCGCCUCAAGGAAUUCCUCAGCAUGGGGAGAACAGUAGACCUUGAGAGCUCAGAGUUUACUCCCCAUGAUGCAGCAUGUGUCCUCAAAACCUUCCUGAGUGAGCUCCCUGAACCUCUCCUAACAGACAGACAUUAUGAAGCCCAUAUACAGGCUGCAGAGCUCACAUACAAGCUUGAGAUUCUUCCGCACCAAACGCCCGAGAUGCUUGGAAGGCUGAGAGCGACACGGACAACCUGUCAAGUGGGGGCGCUCCGCUACCUGUUCCUGAUGCUCCAACCUUGCACGUAUAAACUCCUCCGGGAUGUGAUGGACUUGCUUCACACCGUAGCAGCCAAUGAGGAGAUGAAUAAGAUGAAUGCCUCGAGUCUUGGCAUCCUCUUUGCACCCCAUGUCCUCUGGCCUAGAUUUUUGACCACAAAUGAUUUGAAGGAUCAAACAUACAUCAAUAAACUCAACUAUGCUGUUGAGUUCAUGAUCAGCUAUUACACCAGCAUCUUCAAGGUUCCAGACCAUAUGCUGAGAAAGUGUGAAUUGUUUGUCAAAAAUGGAGGCAAGCUACCAGAAGAUGAAGAAGAUUUGUGCCAUCGAAGGUCCCAGUCUGAUGAUGAAUUGGAAUCAGAUAGGAGGUUACCCAUAAGCCACCCAGAGACAGAAUCAGUGACGAUCAACAAUAAAAUAGAUUACACUCGGGACGCCCUGGCUCAGCUGUAUGCAGACGUUCAGGCCAUGCCAGAGAGCUCCAAGAAACGCAAGCUCAUGAAGCAGGAUGAAUGUAGAAGCAUGGUUAACAAGUUUGUCCAGAACAGCUAUCUCCCCGGCACACCUACCAAAGUAAGGGACGAUGCGGUCCAAAUGGCCAAGACUCAGGAGCGUUCCCGCAACCGCAAGCACCACAGACGGAGUCGAUCAGCUGGGGAUUUACUUGUGAAGCAGCUAAGUACUCCGUUCAGCAGUCGCAAGAAGAGGCUUGCUCCUAAUCCACCCCCUCAAAAAGUUUUGCCGACGUCACGUUCUGUUGAGGAUGCAGAGUACGAGGAUGACCUGGUACAUGGCAUGAAUGACCUCAACAGCUCCAGAGGAAGGAGAGAUAUGACACCAUGCAGUCCGUUUAGAAUGUCAAUGAAACACACAAAGGAAUUAAACAUCCCCUCACCUGCGCCGCGCACCCCAGGGUCCCACCGGCGUAACGCCACCCCUAGUGGCCGUCCGGCAACUCAGAGUCAGAGGACCAAGCAGCCCCUCCCAUCCAGUAGAGAGCCCCGCCCUAGCAAGCCAACAAACAGUAGUACUAGGAGACAAGUGCUCAAGCCCCAGAGUGAUAACAUCACCCCAAACCGCAAGGCACCAACCGCACCCCCAAAGAAGUACUCCCCCUAUAUCCCACCCCCAAGGAGCCAUUCUUCGCCAAAAGACUUGGACUACACAGAUACAACAGAGAAUUCCACAAGGCGAGGUCUUCCUCAUCCCAGAGGCCAGCCGUCCCCGAAGGAGAUGGUUCGAGGGACAUCAUCAAGGCAAUCACAUUCCAGAAGGACUCCGGUUCCUGCUCCUCGAACUAACACCCCACCGGUCUCCGUCACCAAACCAAGGAAACGCCGGAGUGAUGGCACACCAGUUGAUAGUCCGUUGGUUGUUGAUAGUCGUGGUUGUGGUUCAUCCUCACACAGACCAGUACCAAAACCAAGGAUAGUUGAUAAAAGGCAACUGCAUACCGCUGUUUGAGUAAAACAGGAAAGACUGCAUCUUUAUCAGCUCGACUCCUAUCUACAUGCACAGAAUGAAACAGACAAUCCAUGGCUAUCAUGAAAGACUGUUGUCUCAUUAGGCACUUAUCCACAUUUGUCACUCUCCAUCCAGGUGUUAAUGGGUACUGGGUAGGAUGUGAACGUCAAUGUGAUUAGAUUAGCACGUGCACACCGAUAAAUGGUUGCCUGGCCAGGAUACUCCUCAGGGAGUAGAGAUGGUGCACUUUAUGUGUGGGACAGUGAUGGAUCCUAUGACCGGGGUAAUAAUAAUUACAAUGUAAAGCGCUUAGAAACCAACGUAUGAAGCGCUAUAUAAAUGUAACUAUUAUUAUUAUUUUCAUUAGAUCUUUUCUGUAUGAAAGGCAGAAAUAUAAAUGCAUUCAGAUUUUAUUCAGUGCUACAGUCUUUUCCCCACACAUGGUACAGGCUGCAUUAAGACAUGUUCAGAUUUUAAUAGUGAAAAAAAAAUAGCUCAACCACAAAGUUCUGCAACAUUCCGUGUUCUGAAUGAAUGGAAUGUGACCCAAAAUAUGUAGUGGUAGGAGGAGGAUGCAUAUGAUGUGUUGCCAAGCUUCACAAAUUUGUGGACCAGUCAAACCUUUAAAAGUUUAUUCACGAUGAUAUGUGGCUUGCGUUAUCCUGUCGUAAGUUUCAGGGGUUAUUUUUAAAUAUUGAACCUCUCACAAGAAGCUAAAUUCAAUAUGUAAAAUUAACUUUCAUGAGGUGAUUUGUCUUGCCAUUUCUGAAAAUUUUGCUAGGAGAUGCCACGACAUAACUGAAUAGUUCUUGAGGGAUAAGUUGGAAUUUUCGGUGUGCACCUGCAUGUGCUUUUAUCAUUACGACAUGGACUCUACCACCAUGCAGAAGUGUACAAGACUUGUCACGCACUUAUGUUGACAUGGGUCACGCUUUUUAAAAGUCUGUGUGCUCUUGGAUGACUUUGGUAACUUUAGAAUCACCGCAUGAUCAGUGUGUCAUGAAAAUUAAACUUCUCUAUUUCAGUGGUCUAUUUCAGUGGUUUGAAGAAAAUGACAAAAUUCAUAAUUCAUAAAUCCUGAUAUUUAGUUUUGACUGAGAGACAUGUGUUGACUUACAUAGUAAAAUCAUAGAUAGAAAUCAGCACUUGUAGAGUAGUUGGAUGAGGUUCACAGUACUGUGUAUGAGACAAAUAUUGACUGCUCAAGUUGGACAAUGGGUUAUCCACUUAAUGUCAAGCUUGUGAUAAAACAAAGCAUACUUUUGAACAUAUUAUUACAUGUGUGUGUACAAAAUGUAGAACAUUAAUGUAACCAUGUAUACCUACCAAUUUGUACAUUUUUGUCAUAGAUAUAACAUUGUAAAUAGGAUGAUGUACAAAACUUAUUGUAAUGGAAUGGUAACCUUUUUUUUUAUACAACGUUGAGGACAAUUUUUCAUUUAGACAUCUCAUUUUUUUUAAAUCAAGUUUGGGUCAUGGAAUGCUAAAAUUAUAAAUCAGUUUUGAUGAAUUUUUUUAAAACGGGAAUAUAUUUUUCUUUCUAUGAGAUCAUUUCCGAUAUGGAAUAUAAAGCAAAUAAUCACCAUUUGGUCUCAUUGGAUGACAAACUAUCACUUCCGCAGGGAUAUGAAUGCAGAUGUAUGCUAUCUUUAAUAUCUCAGCUUUGCUUCAGAAAGUAGAUACACAGAACCACCCCCAUCACCUCAAAUAUGUCAUAUCACUUUCACCAAUGGUAAUUGUUCGCUUUAAUUAGACUUAUUAAUUGGACUUGAGUUUGGAAUAGAUUUUGUGACAGAUUUUCUAUUGGAGUUAAUUAUUACCUCAAUCCUGGGGGAUGUUUUACAAAGAGUUAAGUAUAACUUAGAGUCACACUUAGAUGCCGCACUUUGUGUGCGGUAUAAAAGGCAUGACCACAUUGGUCAGAUCAUGCCAAAAGGACACGCACUACUGCGUAUUGAUCAAUAAGAUUGCGUGUUUCAUAUCGUGUACUCGUCGGCAUUUAAGUGCAUAAAUCUGUGUGAAACACCCCCCAUGGUCUGUACACAUGCAUGGCCUAGAGCACAUGAAUAGGACACCUACCCCUUCCUUCCCUCUUGUACAGUAUCUCGAAUCACAUAUCCAACAUUUCAUGAAGAUUUUUUUUUAAUCCUCUACUUAAUAUCCAUCUUUAUGAUAAAGGAAGGAUCACAUAAAGGAACGCUUCAGUCAAUUAAGGUGUUUUUAAUAUAUUUUUUUUUAUUUCAUCCAAAAUAUUUCAUACACAUAUUAUACAUGUAUAUACAAGAGAUAUUGAAUGCAUACCUUUGGCAAUUGUGAUUUGAUCUACGAUUAAUUUUGCAUAAUAUUCCCUAAGUUCUCGAAAAUGAAAUAAUUGCCCAAGUCAGAGUAAUUAUUUAGACCAGGGUCCUGUAAUUUUUGUGUCACGGACGUGUCAGAGGACAAACGGUGAAACGCUCUCCAGAUUCUGUAGUGAAAUUUUCCUUGAUUUGCCAUUAGAUCUGAAAUUGUAAUUCUUGCUGUAAAUAUGAAAGAUUAUUUUAUAAUUUUGUACUUCUACUGUGACUGGCUAUUACUAUUUAAUAACACAUGUACACUGUACGAUUUUGCUCAUAUUUCUUAAUGUGUAAUGGGGCAUUUUACUUUGCUCAGACUUGUUUUGUAAGUAUUGUAUAUAUGCAAAUAAAUAUACUCUAUGCUAACCACAA